AUGGCAGAGGAAGCAGACGGGUCACACUGCAUAUAUGAAGAGAGAGAGGAGAAUAUGGUGUCUCCAAAAGAUGAGAAACAAACAAGGAGAGUUGCAAGGUUCCUCAAGCCAUGUGCCCUGAAUUUCAACAAAGCAGUGGCACCUCCAAGCACCCCAUUGUUGUGUGAAGUCUUGGAUCACAAUCUUCAGCAAUGGCCCUCUAGGGUUCUCUUCAAAGGCUGGAAGAUGCCCCAGGCAAAAUGGGAUGAAUGGGUUAACAGGCUUGCAGGUGAGUGCUGUUCUAUUUGGAACCAGGCAGGGAUUUGUGAUGCUAUUUUGAGUUCUAGAUAUGAGAUUAGGUGUACCAACAAGAAUAUCCUACUUGGGUUAGUGGAGUUUUGGUCUUCAGAGACCAACACCUUUGUUUUCCCUUGGGGGGAAGCAACUUUUACCCUUGAAGAUAUGAUGGUUCUUGGUGGAUUUUCAGUCCUUGGGAGGCCUGUGACAAGGCCUGUUAUUGGGUUGUUGGUGGAAAUUGUGGAGGAGAUGGAGAAGAAGAGAGUAGAGAUUUCGAGGACCAAGGUGAAAAAAGCCUGCCAAUUUGUUUGGAUCAAGCAUUUCAUGGAGCUGCAAAAUGAGUACAAAUAUGAACAUGUAGCAUUUCUGUCAUUGUGGUUGGCAAGGUUUGUUUUUCCUUCUCUUCCUGAAGCUUGCAUAGGGAGGCAUGUUUUUCCCAUUGCAGCACAGUUGUCACAGGGGACGAGGCUUGCUCUUGCCCCUGCUGUCCUUUCAGGUCUUUACAAAGACCUAAGCUUGUUGAAGAAACAAGCACUUUCUUGUAGGGAGGAGAUUUCUGUUCCUGGUCCAUUUCAGCUUUUGCAGUUAUGGGCUUUGGAGAGGUUUCAACCCCUACUAAAGAAUUCCCCAAAUGCUCUGAAACCUGGGGAGACUCGGGCUGCCCGGUGGCACAGAUUACCUUCUGGAGCAAUUAGUCUUCCUCUUGUAAGAACUGUUCUUAAGUUGCAAGAGAAUUUUCAAUGGCGUCCUUAUGCUGCUGAUUUGAUCAAUUGGAACCAUUCGUCGUAUUAUAUGAAGAACAAACCGUCAUUUUUUCAUAGUGCUAAGCACUCAGAUGAGAAUUUACGAUCUUAUAUUAGAUGCUUGUGCACUUCUGAGUUGGUUGGAGUAGAGCCUUGUAAAGAGAAGUAUUUUCCAAACCGCGUGGCAAUGCAAUUUGGAAUGGAUCAAGACCUUCCUGGUGAAUUUUCAAAACUGUAUUUUGCCCCAGGUACCAAUGUUGGUUUCUUUGUCCCUCCAAGGUCCUUUGAGCCGAGUGUAUCAGCUAGGUACUUGCAUUGGUGGAAAAUAUCUAAGUCUGCUCGCGCAGAUACAAUCAAGAAACAUGUCAAAGUGGCAAUACAGAAGAUUGAAAAGUAUAAUGCCUCCAUCGCGGAGAGGAAUGUUCCGAUGCAUAAGGCAUCACCACAAACUUUGGAGAGGUCUAAACCUGAAGAGAGCCGCUCCUAUGUGAUUCCUGAGGUCCCCGGAAAAUCCAAUCAUACUGUACAGAGAAAGGCCUCAGCUACUCCUCAAUUUCCUAAGCAGGACAAGAAUGUGAAGAAACGGAAGUCGGCCACAACAACUGAAGGGCCUGCUAAGAAAAUAAAUGCGGGUGAUUUUGCUAAAAAUGUGGUGAAGAUUGCUAAGAAAGGGAGGAAGGGUAGUGAUAAUAAGGCAAGGAUAGAAGUUAGUGUACCUUUCAGGAUGGAGCACAAGCAUAAAAUUGAACCUAAAGUAUCAGGAAAAGAUGCUGCAAGAGAAGGGAAGAAAGCAAUGGCUAAAGGAUCUCAAAAAAACCGUAUGGGGGCUGAUGACCCUCAAAGAAUGCCUAAAGGGUUUCUCAAGAACCCGGUAGUGGUUGAUGACCGUAUGGUGAAUGCUACAAAUCAAACUCAGGGAAUUGGAUUACUAAUGAGGGUUCAGAAUAUUGAGAAAAUUUUGGGGGUAAAAACUUGA